AUGGAGGGCCAACAGGAGUACGAGUUCAAAGACAACCUAAUCAUAAAUAUAAUCCGAACGAAUGAUGUGAAGAGGCGCUUUUACAGUUACACGGAAUAUGUGCUCGAGUUCAAAGCUCUAAACAGUCAGAAGGUUCUGAAGAAGAGGUUUUCAGAUUUUGUAACUUUUUACGAUCAGCUGAAAAAUGAAUUGCUCGACAAGUUUAGCGAAUAUCUGGAGAAGAUCUCCGUUUUGCCGGCAAAGAAAGUGUUUGGUCGAUUGAAUUAUAAUUUUGUGGAGGAGAGGAGACACCAGCUGGAGCUGUUUCUGAAGCGCAUUUCCAGCCACAAGAACGUGUACCUGUGCGAUCGGUUCUACGACUUCCUCUGCCUAGACAACACCACCAAAUGUCUGUUCAAGCUCAUGUGUACCGAGUUAACGGACUUAGUUAACUUACAGAAGUUACUGAAGAAAAUCAAUUACAUAUUGUUUCUCUCCAGAAGCAACACGCUGAAAAGUGCAGAAUGUGACAUCAUCAAUUUCCUCUUUCAUCUGAAAAGGAAUCUUCACCUGAACAGCGAAAUAAAGUUUUUUAUCUUAAACAUUUUUCUCCAUCACUUGACAUAUACCAAGACCCCCCAAAACCUUCUGAAUGUCCCCCUCAUGAAAUUUGCCUUCGAGAUAAUAUACGAUAACUUAUGUGGCGACAAUAUCAACGAGGUACUGUUGAAGACAGCCUCUGAAACGAUUCUGCGAAUGGUAGAUAAGAGAAACGAUGUUUUCCUGGAGUAUCUACAAGUAUACAAUUUUAAAGAUAUAUUUUGCAUCUUUAAUGUUCUGAGUAGAAGGAAGAGAAAGAAGGAGAAUAAAACAGAUAACAUCUCUUUCAAUGUGUACAUUCUAAUGUCACUGCUACUUCUGUCAUCCAUACAUCUGAACGCAAUUCAAAAUUACUUCUCCGUAAAAAACAAAUCUAAUAAGGGAAUUGUUAUUCUUGGAUAUAUGUAUGACAGCCAGAAUAUUAACGUGCAGGUGAUAUGUUGUAUUAUCUUGUCUCUCUUACUAAUGAACGACAAGAUUAAUGAUGAGGAGGUGGUUCAGAAGACGAAGAUGUCAAUACUGUUGAUACAGAAGGAAAUUCAAAAUCUUAAGGAGGUAGAUUAUCAGCUGAUAGAAAUUAUUUGUAGUAAGAAGAACAUGAGUCUCCUUAACAAUAUUUUGGUUUCCCUCUUAAGGGGCAAGAACGUUGUCCGCGAGAUUGGCUUGGGAGGAGGUGAAGAAGAUGGCCUGACUAACGGGGUUGGUAAUGUUAGCGGGGUUGGUAAUGUUAGCGGAGUUGGUAAUGUUAGCGGGGUUGGUAAUGUUAGCGGAGUUGGUAAUGUUAGCGGGGUUGGUAAUGUUAGCGGGGUUGGUAAUGUUAGCGGGGUUGGUAAUGUUAGCGGAAUUGGUAAUGUUAGCGGGGUUGGUGGAAGUUUCAACGCGGAGGAAAAUCCCUUCGAGAAGGACCCGUUCUACGAACAAAAGGUAAAGCACGCCGAUUUCUCAAACAACGACAUUAUCCUACAGUUCAUUCUGUUCAUCAUCAAUAUUGGGGUUAGUGAAUUUUUUCUCCUGAAGAGGAAUUACAAGGACAGGAUGAAGAUAAUGGAACUGAAAUUAAGAUUGAAGAAGAAGGAACUGAAGGCGGAGAGAUUGCGGAGGAAGAAGGAGAAGAAGGAACGUGCUUUGCCCAUGCUUAAGGAUGAAGGGAAUAAUACUAAACGGCGACCACAGGGUGAUACUACCACAAAGGAUACAGAGGUCUCCUACCAGAAGGAGGAACAGAGGAAAGACACACAGAGAGUUUACCAUUAUGACAUUGAGAGUGUAGAUGAAGACUGUGCUUACAAGAGGGAGUACGUUCCUUAUGAUUAUACUGCAGGGAGGGAUGCAUCACCAAAAGGAAGAAACAGACAAAGGAGAAGAAGAGGUUCGCACACGGUGAGGGAGGUACACCACCAGGGAGGCACUGAUGGGGCGAGUGACCUACAGGAAUUCAGUGAAGAAGAAGGCGAUUUGGACGUAGAUGGGGAGGAGGAGGAGGAGGAUGAAACGGGUGAUGAAAGCGGCGAGACGGAUGAUGCAGAUGAAACGGAUGGAUCAGAUAGCAAUUAUCGCUCCGAUGAUUCGCUCCGUGGAGAGCACGCAAAGGCGAGAGGUGGACAAACAGAAAAGGGCGAAGCGGAAGAUGCAGCCUCCACGGGAAGUUCGUGCAUCUCAUCGUUGUAUUCGUUUUCAAGCGAUUGCAGUAGCGGUGGCGAGAAAGACGAUAGCAUGGGUGCAGAAAGGCGAGAACCCCCAGUCGACAUUGGCAUGAGCGUCGUGAGGGAAGUAAUGUACGAUGAUGAUUUCAGCGUGGAUUCAGGUAGCAUCAAGGAUGAUGUUGAAUACCUGGAGGGGGAGAAUAAUAGAAAGGAUGGCCCGGGAAGAAACGGAGGCAAUAGUAGAGGAGGCACGAGAAGGGAAAAACAGGGUAGUGUCCCAUAUGAAAAGAGAGUACAGGUAGAGGAAGAGAAGGUGAAAGAAGAACCCAUCGAAACGAAGGAGGUGGACGAAGUGGAAGCGAUCAAGGAAGAAAUCAGAGCGUUGAAGGAUGCCAGGAAGAAAUAUGUGAAACGGAUUAGGAGAAUAAAUGAGCAGAUCUUACUUAUCCUAUGCAACGAAAAUAUGGUUCAGAGUAUAUUCAAAUGUGCUAAUUUAGAAAAUGAAAAAAUUCGUAUGUACGCUUGUCUUAUCCUAUCGUACAUACCAAACAUUAGUGAGGUGGUGCCUUGUACGUCUGUUACCCCAGGUGGCGGAGGUAACGGUGGAGGAUACUUAAGAAUUUGUAGCGAAGAUGGAUUCGGUGCUAGCACGAACGGCAGUUUCCGCAUGGAGGGUCCAGGAGCAACACUCCCCUUGUCGGAGGUGAAUGUAGGAGAGUUUUCUCCAAAUGAGAAGGUAGUUUCAGGGGGAGACGACAUCUGCGUGGUGGUAAAUCGAAGCAUCAUGUUAGAGAAGAAGAACAACAAGAACUUCGUUUGUAGUGUAGAGGGAGAUUAUUACAACUACAUUUAUAGAUUCGAAAUAGUGAGUACUCUACUGAGGUAUCUGUUUAGGGAGAGCUCUUUUUACGAUUACAUUUUACAACAUGUGAAGAAGUUUAUUCAGGACCACAGGCACUUGGUGAAUUUAAAUAAUUUUAAAAUAAAGCAGACGGAGUUGAUUAACAUGUUUUCUUUCUUGGAUAUGCAGAGGCGUGGCGGAGGGGGAAGUGGCGGAGGGGGAAGUGGCGGAGGGAGUCGUGUCGAUCAGGGUAGGAGGAAAAAGAAGCAGCGAAGAAAGGGGCGCAGUGGAAAAGUUAUGAGGGACAGAGACGUGAGUGGUAGGAAGAGGAGUUCCUCCAAGGUAGGAUCACGAAAUGAACAGGACAGGGAUAUCCAUUCAACAGUCGCAUCAGGUGUACCGCCUGUAGCAGGUGUAGCAACAGAAGGAGAGGCUCUAGUUAACUACGAAACGGAAUUAAAAGAGGAGAAGAACUACCAAUGUGUACCAUAUGAAUCGUCACAAAUACAUGACCACAUGGAUUAUGUGUUUCGUUACGUUUCCAAUGUAAGAAAAUUCGGUUUAUUAAACAACAUUAUUGUUGACAUGUACAAUAAUUUAAGGAAGAAGGUGAGAAAGGUAGAUCUACAGUUCCUGUUCGAUACGUUGAAGAGGAAAAUCCAAGAGAGAGAACACCUUCUAAGAGACAUUUUCCAUCUGAAGGAGAAGUAUGAAUAUGUGAACGUAACUUACAAUGAAUAUAUUAACUUGCAAUACGAGACCAACAAACAGAUGGGAGUGAUGAAUAAACUGAUGGAAGAAUUGGAUGAGAUAGAGAAGAGAAGAAGGAAAGUAGCAAAGAACCAUAAAGUGGUACAUACGAGUGUAUGUAACUAUAGGAAGAAGUUGAUCCAUGUAGAGAAGAUGAUUGAGGAGAGUCCCUCGAUAAAAAAAUGCCUUCACGAAGAAUUGAAUAAUAUAAAAAGAAAGGUAGCUCUCUAUAGGAAGGAUAAAAAAAAAAUAUAUCUUUUGAUCCUCCUUAAUAAGUUUUGUCUGGACGACUUCAACACAGUUAGUAGUAAGUUAAAAUGCCUGAACACAUCUCUAUCUAAUUUGGAGCUUCUUUCUAAUGAGUUCGAGAAGAAUGCAAAUCUCAUUGUCAGUGAAUUCAUUUAUCUCAUUUGCAGUGAUUUACUUUUGGUGGAGCUACUAGGUGAUCUCAUCAACAUCACCGUGCACAACGAUAACUUAUCACUUUUGAUUGCCCGUGCUAAGUGCGUAAGUAGACUUAAUAAAAAUUCCUUCAAGGAGAGGAAGUUUCACAUUGUGAAUAGAGACCGGGGGGGUGGUUCUCCUGGAGGUAAGAGUAAUAUUCUACACUUUGCACAAUCCAAUGACUUGAUGGAUGAAGAGGAAGGCUAUGGUUAUUACGAUGCCCGUGAUGGUAGGCGAAUAUCUCGUGGAGGAACUCUUUCGCAAAGAGAUCAACGCAUUGGAAAUAUGAAUACCAUGAAUGCGAACUCACUACAUACGAGCGAUAGCGACAUGGGUCAUAUGAGUGCAAAGCGAUUUGGCCGAAGGAAGGAGGAGAAAAAUUCGAAACGUAGUAGGGAUCGCCCCGUUGGCAGUGAUGAUGAAGAUACACUUUACCCUCAUGAAGGAGGAGAGUUGAAUGGGUCGUCUGGCAAGAGGAGAGGUGGUGCUCAGGUUGUGGGUAGUGCGUUGUACGAGGAUGAGGACCACAUGGGGGCAAUGCAUUAUGGGGGCGUAUCUCCCGAUAGCCACGCUAACCGUGUUGAUCUUGUUGAGCGUGCAAGUAGGAACCUUAAGAACAGUUCCAACCGGUUACGGGAGGAUGGGUCUAGGUACAACGACUUAUCAAGGGAAGAGGUACUCCGUCAGGGACAUGGAGGAAGGAGAGAGCAUAUGUACGAAGAUGAAGAGGAGGACAAUGGGGGUGAUGGAUUGAUGAAUGAUUACCAUGACAUGCACUCGAUAACAAACUCGGAGAGAAGGAACCUGGGGGAUGACGAUCAGCCAAACGUGGAUGAUAUUGAUGACUUCGCCGAUACUGAAUUUGUAUCCAGUGAUGAAGAAGACGCAGAGAUGAAGGAGAAAAUACACGAAUAUAACAACUUCAAGAAUAAUGAAGUGAAGGGAGUCCAACCGGAUGAAGUUAGUAUAGAGAGUGAAUCGUUAACUAGAGAAGUAUUCGAACAGAUGGUACAAGUAAUUAAGGAUAGGAAGAGAGAACUGGAAAAUAUAAUGUCCAAUGAGAACAACCAAGUGUAUAAGAGCAUUCAUAAGUACAACGUUCUCUUGAAGAAAUGCAACACGCAGAUAGAGACUCUUAAAAAGCAGUAUGUUAAAGUAACUCAAGAGAUUGCCUCCAUCAACACUAACUCUAUGGUGAAGAAGUCGGAGUCCAUUUACAAAGCCAUUCGGGAAUGGGACGACAAGGUGAACCUGCUUAACGAGGAAGUGAAGGUGGUGGAAGGAGAAAAGAAGGAAAAGCAGAAGGAGAUCGCGUUGCACAAAAAGAUGGUAGAUAAAAAGGAGAAAGAGAAAAACCAAAAGAAGGAAGAACUCCGACUUCUGGUUACAGACAUGUACAAACACAACAAUGAGACGAAGAGGAGAUUCAAGCGGGAGCAGAAGGUCGUUCUCCUUAUACUUUAUAACUCUUGGUUCAUGUACCACUACAUCUAUAUAAUCUAUCUGAAUACAUUGAAACUCAAAAACUACCUUGCGUAUAAACACAGUAUAAGCGAGGAGUGUCAGGCUUCCGCCAAGCAGACUAUAACUAACAUCAGCCACUUUACCGAACUGCUCGACGAAAACGACUACUGA